AUGAGUCAACCACAUCAACAACAUGAGCAAUUGCAACGACGUCGUCGCCGCUGCCGCCAGCCAGCCGAGCCUUGUGAGUGUUUACGUCCUGUGAUAAGGGUUUUUGGUCUGCUGACUUCAUUCGUUAUUUGCGGAGUGGGCGUCGAUGUCUAUAUGCAUGGCUAUCAGGCGGGCCUCUUUAUAAUUUUUUCAGCUUUGCUGGUGCUGUUCAUUGAGUUAAAAUGGCUGAUAACCAUAUUUCUGCAGCUCCAAUGCGGCGACGAUAAUUACCACAACUCCUCCUCCUGUCUGGACUGCUGGCGUUUGUCCACGUUGCUGGGUGGUUGGCGGCCGACGCCCAUAUAUGUCGCCAUGGGCGUGGCACUGAUACUCUUUCCCCACAAUCUUUGGCUGAGCUAUGUGGCUGGCAUGUUUCUGCAGCUCCUGGCUCUGUUGCGUCUCUGCACGUUGCUUAGAUUUGGCGGCGGAGCCGGUCACUUCAAGGACGAGGGACUGCUGCCACAAUGCGAUUUCGAGAAAGUCUCCAGCUUUGUGGACAGCGUCGAGGACGACUGCGCUGAGGUCAGCGUCUCUCAGCCAGAUGAUGAGGAGCCGACCGUGGAGGAUGAAGUUUGCUAAUGGUUGCUGGUAUUGCUUAU